AUGUCAAAGCCAAACAUUAAUGUUGCCUCCAUACUUUUAGACGAAUCACAGACAAUCGAGGAUAAAGUAAACCUGGCCAAUGAGAUCAAUUUAGCUUUCCUAGAACCCCACAAAAGUUCAGUUAAGCUUUCCCCUUCUUGCAAGAUUAACACUUCCGGUUAUCCAAUUCCAUCCAAGAUCACAGAAAUGAUGGCCAAACAACUGAGCUCGAUUAGUGUACAUAAAGCAGCCGGUCCAGACAACAUACCAAAUUGGGUUUUAAAAGAUUUUGCUCACAUUUUGGCCCUAUCUGUUUUUAUGUUAAUCAACGUGUCUUUCAAGAAGGAACAGUUACCACUUAUAUGGAAAUGCGCAAAAAUUACACCUUUGCCAAAAAGUUCGACAGUAAACGAUAUUAACACUGACGUUAGACCUAUCUCUUUAACCCCAACUAUAUCGAAAAUUGCUGAAGA